AUGUCGUUAGGAACGAGUAGAAUUUGCCAUUCGGUCUUGCCGUCCGAUAAUGAAAUUUUGCUGAAGGUAAUCCGAAGAACUCUUCGAAUACUCCACAUGGUAUAUGCUAUAGAAGAUGCAGAGAGCGCCUAUAUCUCUAGGCAGCACCAAAGGAUCCAGCUGAUCAGAAAGAACAAGGUCCUCGAUGAUUCGAGCUGCUUUGCGUUAGAUGCGGUCAAAAUAAAGGAGCUGGUGUUGGGGAGCUCCUGCCCAAAGGUGGAAACAGUACCCCAUGCAGGAAUGCGCUAUGCGGAUAUGCGCGAUAUGUGA